AUGUCGGUGAACUACGACCAAGUUACAGUUGCUCCAUUGGUGUUACUUUCGGUUUUAGACCACUAUAAGCGUAUCAAUACACCGCAGCACAGGAGAUGCGUGGGGGUUAUCCUAGGUGAUCAGCAAGGCAGUACGCUGAGGGUAACGAACUCAUUCGCACUGCCCUUCGAGGAAGACGAGAAGAAUUCGGACGUGUGGUUCUUAGACCAUAAUUACAUCGAAAAUAUGAACGAAAUGUGCAAGAAGAUCAACGCCAAGGAGAAGCUGAUUGGAUGGUAUCACAGUGGACCCAAACUGAAGGCUGCCGAUUUGCGCAUCAACGACGUUUUCAAGAAAUACAUACCAGCUCGCCAAGCGCAGCCGUUAUUGCUGAUCGUGGACGUGCAGCAGCAAGGCGUGGGCCUUCCCACAACGGCUUACAUGGCGGUCGAGCAAGUAAAAGACGAUGGGACCUCGACGGAAAAAACGUUUCUCCAUUUGCCGUCGUCGAUAGAGGCAGAAGAAGCCGAGGAGAUCGGCGUGGAACAUCUGCUGCGCGACGUGCGUGACCAGGCCGCUGGCGGACUCUCUAUCAAGCUUACGAAUCAGCUGAAGUCGCUCAAGGGCUUUCAACAAAAACUAGCAGACAUCAGCGCGUAUCUCGGAAAGGUCAGCAAUCGCGAGCUGCCAGUAAAUCACAUAAUCUUGGGCAAACUGCAAGACGUGUUCAACCUCUUACCCAACCUUGGUGUUCCCGACGACGACGAAAUGUCCACAUCUGCGGAAGGGCAAUUGACCGCAGCUGCUAGCACUCUACAAAAAGCCUUAGCUGUCAAGACUAAUGACGAACUAAUGGUUAUUUACGUGACCAAUCUAGUGCGCGCAAUUAUCGCCUUCGACAACUUGAUCGAAAACAAAAUUCAAAACGGUAAAUUGCAGCUUCAGCAUGGACAGCAGCAAGCCGAAAUGACCAACGGUGACAGGAAGCUUGAAGAUGAUUCUGCCCCCACCAACACCACCAAGACUACUGAAAAACAUCCUUCAACUUAA